CAACUGUCCAACGAACUGAUGCUGUAGGGCCAUCGUGUACGGGACCCCUCUUGCGUUGGUGUGUCUUAUCGCGAAUCAACUGGGUAUGAUGGGAACUGUCUUGGCGAAGCCUUCCGCAUUGCCUUGGAUCGUGUAUUGUGCAUCUGAGACGCUCUUCACGCUCUGGUACGUUCACACAAAGCAACGCCUGGCUAGAUUCCCGCCCCAAAUCCACCACGACCAGUCCUUCCGGCGCCACGCUCCACCGUCAGUGCCACUCUUCUUCGACAACCUCCUUCGACACACUCCGAACGUUCAAACGUUUGUCGAAGAGUGGUUUUAUCACACGCCCUUUGACCAACUCACAAGACCGGACUUGCACACAUGGCUAGCGUAUCUAUUGUACUCGAACGAAUGGCGACACCUAUCCCCCCUUGACCGACGAGAUGUCAACCAGAUGGUCGAUCGAUUGUACGACCUCACCAACGUCCGAGAGCCCCCGUCUCAGUCCUCGUCGAAACCAACCCACUGCAUCCGCCACACGCUGGACCCGUUCGAGUCCACCGCCCGACCGUGGCUCGUGUACGCCGUCACGAUCGGAAUGGACGCCAUCAUGGGGGUGUUCCUUCGACUCGCGGGGUUCCAGCGGCACCCCCUCACGAGGGGGCUGCGUUACUGGCACCGCGACGCCAUGACGAGUCCCGUGGCCGAGCCUCUGGUGUUUGUGCAUGGCAUCGGGGCCGGCCUGAUUUUGUACUUGCCGCUGCUGUGGUCGUUAGUUACGACGCACCAGAACCGGCCGAUUCUGCUCGUGGAGACGCCGUACGUGUCGAUGCAACUGGUGGAGGACGUGCCCUCUAAGAAGGACACGCUGGUGGGGCUUCAGGCCAUGCUGGCCAACCACGACAUCCAGAGAGCCCACUGGAUGGGCCAUUCGCUCGGCACGGCCAUCUGCAGCUGGGUGUGCCAGGAGCUGCCGCACACGGUCAGCCACGCCACAUUUAUCGACCCGAUAGUGUUUUUCCUGUGGAAACGAGACGUCGCGUACAACUUUUUAUAUCGACCGCCCACGACGGGGAUUCAAGUGCUGCUGUGGUACUUUGCCUCGACCGAAGUGCACAUUGUGCAUGUGAUGCGGCGCCACUUUUGGUGGUACAGCAUCGUGUGCUUCCCAGAGCACCUGCCACGCCACCCCGUGACCAAUCACGUGGCGGCGUCCGUGUUCCUGUCCAGUCAUGACGUGAUCAUCAACGCACUCGACGUGCACGAACAUUUGAGCACUCGAGACCAAGUGUCGUCCAAGAUGGAAGUGGUGUGGUGGGAUGGCUUUACGCACGGCGAGAUGCUGCUGCACUCCCACGCGCUUACCAGUGUCACGUCCAACGUCAAGUGCCGCGACGUCACCAACCCCAUCAAACACGUGGCCAAGUGGAACUGGGCCGACUACAUCGUCAACCGGUUGGACUUGGCUAGUGCCUACCACAACCGCUGA